ACACUGCGGGUGUCUGUCCAGUGAUUCAGCCACAUUUGAUAGAUGACCAACUGGCUGUUUUCUUGGGUUCUGCACAGCAGUGGAAGACACAAACUGACUGUGGCUGACUUGAUCCAACUCUGGUUUCCUGAACUGGAAAAGCGCCUGUGUGAUCUGGAACAAAGACGUUUUAUAAUCAGAUUUAUCAAGCUGCGAAGAGGGAGUUUCAGUGAACGGCAGCAGAAGCAUUCUGUCACCAGGAAAUACUGCUUUAUCCUGAAUUGGGUUCCUCCCAAGAAGGCUGCAGAUCAUCCAGCUGCCAGAAGGUUUAGGUGCCCUCAAUGGCUCAGUAGCCAGUGUAGAUCCUGUCUUUGGUAAUCAGUAGCUACAUCUGGCUACUGGGUCUCUGAUGGCAUCUUCUAGCUUCUGUUACAGGAGACGAUCAAGACUCCUGAGGAAGGCCACUGGGCAACAUGUAAUAAUGAAAGCUUUACCCUGACUUAUACAUACAGAGAGAGAGGGAGAGAGAGAAAGAGAGAGAAUCAGCUUUUGGGGUCUUCAGGCCUCUAUUGUUAGCUGGGGUUUCGGAAUCAUCAAGGUUUGAUGCACACUGUUGAAGUCUGUUUGCUUAGACAGCACCAGGGAAAGGAAUCCAAA